UUCAAACCUCUUUUAUCUCGCUUCCAUCUUCUCUAUUAGUUACCAUUUAUGAAAAGAAAAAAAAAGAAAAAAAAUCCGAGGAAACCCACUCGAAGAAUGGCGGCAGCUACUUCAAUGGUUACUUCAUCAAGCUUCACGUUUCCUUUCCAAGGACUUCGCCUACCCAUUCUUAGCUACCCGUGUAUGAAACCCGAGAGACGCAUUAUGAGGAAAGAUGCUUCAAAUGUUAUAACGGCAACAUAUGAGCUGAAGCCACCUCCAUAUCCCCUGAAUGCAUUGGAACCCCAUAUGAGCCGAGAAACCCUGGAGUAUCAUUGGGGAAAGCAUCAUAGAACCUAUGUGGAGAAUCUAAACAAGCAAAUUGUAGGAACAGAUCUAGAAGGGCCGUCUUUGGAAGACAUUAUCAUUGUUACUUACAACAGGGGUGACAUACUCCCUGCAUUCAACAGUGCUGCACAGGCCUGGAACCAUGAUUUCUUCUGGGAAUCAACGAGACCAGGAGGUGGAGGAAAGCCGUCCGGGGAUCUUCUAGAUCUGAUCAAAAGAGAUUUUGGUUCUUUUGAACGGUUUACGGAAGAGUUCCAGUCUGCUGCAGCUACACAGUUUGGUUCUGGCUAUGCAUGGCUUGCAUAUAAAGCAAAUAGGCUUGGUGUGGAAAACGCAGUAAAUCCUUGGUCAUCAGAUAAUGAUAAGAAGCUCGUAAUCGUGAAAAGUCCAAAUGCUGUGAAUCCCCUUGUUUGGGACUACUUUCCACUCCUCACCAUUGAUGUCUGGGAGCAUGCUUAUUACCUUGACUUUCAGAAUCGACGGGCAGAAUACAUAUCAAUGUUCAUGGAGAAGCUUGUAUCUUGGGAAGCAGUUAAUGCUAGACUUGAAAAAGCAAAGGCUGAAGCUGCUGAGAGGGAAAUGGAGGAAGAAAGGAGGAAAAAGGAAGAAGAAGAGUGGAAACCGACUGAUGGCGAUGAUGAUGAUGAAGGUUUAGAGAUGUAUGUAGAUAGUGAUGAUGAUUCAGAAGCCGAAUGAGUUCUAACAUACAAUGAUGGUAUUAGAACACCACGUAAUUAUAUCUUUAUUGUAUCUUCGAAAGUGAUAUAGAGGUUAGUAUGUGAGGCCAAGGAAGUAGAGAUUCUUCAGUUCUUUUCAAUUUUUUUGUAGCUAUACUGGAUAGCUGAAUUCUGAUUUAUGGAUAUUCGGCUGUAGGAUGUAGAAAAUCGAGUAAUGCUUCAAAAAACUACUGCCAUUAUUGUGAAAUU